AUGCCGCCUAAGAAGGUGACGAAGCCAGCUCCUAAGCUGACUCAAGAGCUUGCGGAGUCGCCUAAGACGGCUGACGGGGCCUCCCCCCCUAAGGAGGCUCCUGGCGAUGGGCUGCUUACUCCAGUACAUCCUGCGUCAGAGCGUCCGGACCUGCUGGCUGCGGAUCUGGGUCAGCCGUCAUUGUCAGCCCGUUUAUCAGCGCUCAAGGUCAACGGUCUGAAGGACGAGGUUGAUCGUCCUGCUGCUGUCAAUGAUUCUGCGGCUCAGUCCACACCUCAGGACUCCCCGACGCGCUCUCCGGAAGCAGAGCUCCUUGAUGAACCUGUGGUGGAGGAUGAUGAUGAGGGCUACAUUAGCGAUGAUCUGGACGAGGAAGCUGAUCCUGAAGCAUUGAGCAUUAUCGCUUCUAAGCUGAAAUACACGCUAACACUUCUUGUCCCUUUCAGGCACGAAUCAGAAGUGCCUAGGACGGCUGAUACGGUUGCAGCUCACCUUGAUCAUUGGAAAGAGGAUCUAUCACCUGAAGCUCAAACUACUACGACAUGCCAGAAACUGACAUCGGCUUACCUCUCCAAGACGCGUUUCGGCCGUCUGCAAGUCGUCUUCACCUCGGAAGAUGACGCGUACUACGUCAGGCAGAGGAAGAUUGAACAUGUCACGCUUAAGGGGGAGACGCUGGAGCUGAGGUGGCAGUUUCUGGAGGACUCCACGUAUGUUCAUCUGCGAGCACUCCACCCGCAGGCGGUCGAGGUGGUGUUGAAGGGUGUUCCGGCGGAGGUGACUCCUGAAGUGGUUAGCAGCCUGCUGGUGGAAGUGAAACUGGUCAAGAGGGGGAAAACUGCAUACAAGGAGGGUUUCGGUUUUCACCGUGUUCAGGAUCCAGUCACGGGUUUGGACACUGACAAGAUACGCGGCAUGGUGGUUCAGCAUGAGAAUGAUCGCUACCGCUGGCGUCACUUCAUUGAAGAGCCGGCGAAGAGAGGGAAGAAGAUUCUGCUGCACUUCCCUUCGGUCACGUGUGAUUUCUACAACGGCCAUCACUUGACCCGCUACCACGACGACUACGUCACUGACCACCGCCUGAAAGCCAUCUUGAAGGACCCUGCGAUUGUGCUGGUGUCGACCGGAGGAUCCUGCGAGGACUGGGUGUGCAUUCAGGAUGCAUGCGAGAAGGCCCACGGAACCAGUUUCGAGCUUGCUGCGGCGCAUGUAGCGUCCUUCCGCCACAAGUCCAACCGCACCAAGGCAGGAGCUGCUACCCGUGCGAGCAAAGGUGCUCUCAAUGUCGCGGCCCUGAGGAAGGAGUUUUUCAAGUGA